UAGAGGAAAAUCAAAGUGAAUAUUAUGGGGGUGCAAAAACAAGAACAAGCAUUCAUUAAAAAUUCCAGAAGCUUAAGGAUAUUACAAAUCGUUAGGAGAAAAUUUUUAUAAAAAAAAAACACCAAGGGAAAACAAAGUCUUAGGACUAGGUAUUGCUUUUAAAAAAACACAUCAUUGCUUGUGCUUGAAUUAAUUUCGAGAAUUGAAUACAUUAUAAAUUCUCCUUCUUGUGGGUGUAAUGGGCAUAACUGAAACUUCUCAAAUGGCUACAGCUGAUGGCAUGGAUAAUGGUUCGAAAUUAACUUUGCAAUUAUUUGCAGAUAUCUUUAAAUGCCUUGAACCGGAAGUGCAAAUCGAUACAUUUGAGGAAGAACAAGGAUCUGGACGUGGCGAUAAUUACACGGCCACCUUGUAUCGCAUACACCUGACAGGACAGCGUAAAUGUCCCCUUGAUGGCAAAAAACAAAAAUGGGAAAAUAAUGUGAUAUGCAAACGUUUGCCAGAGAACAUUAAGCUGAGAGAGGCUUAUAAGAGUGACAAAUUGUUUAGAAAUGAAGUUGAAUUUUACACCGCCAUAAUGCCCGAGCUUUUAAAAUUUCAAAGCACCAAAAGUAAAGAAUUAUUUAAAGCCCUUCCCAAGUGUUAUUAUGCCCGAUCGGAUCUCUUGAUAAUGGAGGAUUUAAGGAUACGUGGAUUUCAAAUGCCUGAUCGGAAACAAGGCUUAACUAUUGAUGAGACUCGCACUGUUUUAAGACAAGUAGCCCAGUUUCAUGCCUUGAGUUUGGCCUAUAAAUUUGAAAAUCCCAAACAAUUUGAGAAUCUAAGAAAAUUAAACGCUGAGGCCUUGUUCUCCAAUGACAAUGCCAACUGGUAUAAGAAAUACUAUGAGACAUUAACCAAAAAUGCUAUAAAAAUGAUUUCCGAUGUUUUGCCUGAAGAUUCCAAAUAUUUGCAAAUUUUUAAACAAUUUGCCGAAGUAACAACUUUUUUUCAACGCAUGGUCAACAUGGUUAGUGAAGAAUCUGCAUUGUCCGCUUUUUGCCAUGGCGAUUGUUGGACAAAUAAUUUUUUAUACAGAUAUGAGCCUAGUCUAGGUUGUGAACGCAAAGUAUUGGAAGUUUGCUUGGUGGACUUUCAAAUGAUACGCUACAGUUCGAUAACCCUAGAUGUGGCUAAUCUUUUGUUUUGUUGUACCAGCAAGUCCAUGAGAGAUAGUCAUUUGGCAGAGUUCCUGAAAAUGUAUACCAGCGAUUUGUAUUUGUGGCUACAAUCGUUAUGUUCACAAAUACCAGAUUUCUGCAAUAGCUACGAGAAAUUUGAGAAUCUAUUUCACUUGGAAUUAAAAAAAUAUGGCAGUUUUGCUUUAGGCUUAUCCUUGGAUAUUAUACCAAUUAGCACUUGCUCUUCAGAAGACGCUCCCGAUAUGUAUAUAAACCGUGCUGAUGCCAUGGAUAGUCCAUAUGGUGCACCGGAACUAAAUUUUCCACCCAAUGAUUUAUGCCGCCAGAAAAUGUCGGAAAUACUAAUAGAUAUGGUUGAUAUGGGUAUGCUAUAAGUUAUACUAUGUUCAAAGCCUAGAUAUAUUGCAUAGCAAGAAAAUGCCCACAGAUUUGUUUUGAGGACAAUCUUAUUAUUUGCUCAAAACUAUACUUUAAGAUUAUAGAUUGACCGAAUUAGCUUAGAUAAUUAGAAUGAGAUCUAGUUUUUGUAUAUUAUUUAUUAUUCUGUAUGCAAGUAUAUUAAAUGGUAUUUUUAAUGGUUUAUUUAAACGAGUUUGUGUUUAAGCAAAAAGUGUCAACAUAUAAAUGUAUCCAAUGGAAAAACAAUUGUAAAAACUAAAUGUAUCCAGUUUUUCUAUAUCCAAAUCAAAUCAAUAACCCAUAAAAUCUAAACUUGUUUUUUUCCUAAUUUCUAGUAUUACUUUGAUUACCAUGUUCUUGGUCUCAAGUAGCCCAACAAAUCUUAAAGCAAUUUUUUAAUUUUUUCAAACUCACCUAAUUCUUCAUAAUAUCUCGCUGAGCAUUUUUUCUUUUUUUUUCCUUCUACUUGAUUUUUUU